AUGAAUCCAAAAGCGUUUGCACCGAUUGCGCCACGAGCAGUUCCUGGUGGAGGUGGCGGUGACGAGGCCAGGAUGCUGGAUGCUCUCUUUUCGCUAGCGUCGUCCGGGUCUUCGCGGGACCGUCUGAGCCAGAAGAAGAGGAAGAGCAGGGCGCCAAGGAGCAGCACGCCGACGAUCACGCCGACCGCGAUUCCUGCCUUUGCGCCCUUGCUGAGUCCUGAGGAUUUGCGGUUGGUGGAGGAGGAGUCUGUGGCUGACGCCGAUGCGACUGUUUCUGAGGGGUUUGUGGAGGUGGAGCUGGAGGAGGAGGAGGUCGUGGAGGACACACUGGAGGAGGAGCUGGAAGAACUCGAAGAGGAGGAGGAGGAGGAGGUGGUGGAGCUGGACGACGUUGUUGAGCUGGACGAGGUGGAGGAGCUGCUGGUGAUGCUGCUGGACGAGGAGGAACUUGACGAGGUGGAAGUAGAGGAACUGGAGCUUGUAGUGGAGGAGCUGGAGCUGGAGCUGGAGCUGGAAGUGCUGGAGGUAGUAGUACUGGAUGCCUCUGUGCUGGAUUCCGCCUGCGUACUGCUUUCUGCCUGUGUGCUGCUCUCGGCCUGUGUGCUGCUGUCCGCCUCGGUAGAACUGCUCUCUGAGACCUCAUCCUCGUCCACGUAG